AUGCCAACCCAAAUCUCAACCCCCCCUGGUCCAGAAGGCUUCAAAAUAACUACCCCUAAAGGAUCGCCUUCUGGAUAUUUUGCCGGGGAAAAUCUGAAAGAAAACAACAAUGGGAGAAAAUCAGUACCACCAUCACCUCCUGUUGGAAGAAUACAAGGAUCACCAAUGACUCCCACCAAAAUCAAUAUACAGCGACAGUCUCGUCAGUCGCAGAUCGAGAGCGAAGAGUCGACUAUCUGGGAAUCAUAUAAACCACAUGAACAUGAGAACUUCCAGCAGGCAGGAAUGUUCGUACCAAUAACUACUGAGAUGCCAUACCGAGCACCGCCGCCGCCUCCGCCAACAACCAACAUAGAGCCUUCUCAGCAACCAGAAGUGAGGACAUCUGGGGAAUCGUCUUUGGAAUCGAUAACUUCAUCGGAGAAUUCGUCAGCCUACCCGACCCGAUCUGGAAAUGUAAUUCCUGAGCGAAUCGAUGAAAACGAAGCAGAUUCGCAUGAACAAUCAGUACCUCAACUACAAUAUUACCAUCAGACUUCAGUGACUCCAAAUCAUCGAGCUUCUAUGCCCAUCGGCCCAAGUUCGAGUGACUUCGCUGAAGCAGGUGCCUUGACGAAUCGCCACUUGACUCCCAGUUCCACAUAUGCCAGACAUUCUUCUAAUAAUUCGGGUCAAAGACCAUUAUCUGCAUUCUCUGACCUUGGCGGCAGAGGCCUUUCACCUGUCAAUGGCCUCAACUCACCAAUUUGGAAUGGGCGUGCAGGAUCCGCUAAUUCAGGCCGGUCUCAGGAUAGGCCAAUAUCAUAUGUCGAUCUAGCGAAUAUGCCCUACACGAGACAACACGCACCAGGACCGAUCUCACUUGACAAUUCUCAGCUAAGGACAGUAGUAGGGUCAAAUGCAUCGUUACUUACCGCACAAAAGACACUAGAUAUGUAUCGGCUAAACGCCAAGAAAUCGAGCAGUUCAGAGAUACAAUAUUCUUUUGCCAUAUUUCUGAUACAGGCAGCUCAAGAGGCUGGCCUAAACGUAGAAGAUGACACGCCGCGGAAGGCUAGCCCAAAGCCUGGUCGGAAUAGCCCUUAUAUCGAAGGUGAAGCCGCCACUCCACAAAACCUACUGCGCGAAGCCAAGAGCAUUUUACAAAAGCUAGCUGAUCGAGGGUAUCCAUUUGCACAAUAUUAUCUAGCUGAUGGCUAUUCUUCCGGACUAUUUCACAAAGGAAAGGUAGAUCACAAUACAGCUUUCCCGUUGUUCGUUUCGGCAAGUAAACACGGCCAUGCUGAGUCUGGCUAUCGAGCUGCGUUGUGUUAUGAAUUCGGGUGGGGCUGUAGGACUGACGCUGCCAAAGCAGUGCAAUUUUACCGGGCAGCGGCAGCUAAAAAUCAUCCUGGUGCAAUGACGCGUCUUGGCCGAGCAUGUCUCUCUGGAGAUCUCGGGUUCGACAGAUAUAAGGAGGGACUUAAAUGGUUGAAACGAGCUACCGAAUCAGCCGAUGCUCAGUACAAUUCAGCGCCAUAUCAUCUUGGCCUAAUGUACGAGACAGGCUAUGGAGAUGACCUCUUCAAAGAUGAGGCUUAUGCAGCCGAGCUUUUUACUCAAGCCGCGGAAUUAGGGAAUGCUGACGCUUCUUUCAAACUGGGUGAUGCGUACGAGCAUGGAAAGCUUUCAUGUCCUCGAGAUCCAGCACUAAGUGUGCAUUUUUAUAAUGGAUCGGCGGAGGCUAGCAAUCCCAAUGCCAUGAUGGCAUUGUGUGCCUGGUAUUUGAUCGGUGCUGAACCAGUACUCGAAAAGGAUGAGAAUGAGGCAUACGAAUGGGCACGACGAGCUGCUGAAAUGAGUCUUACCAAGGCGGAAUAUGCUAUGGGAUAUUUUACAGAGAUGGGUAUUGGCUGCCGGCGCGAUCCACUCGAGGCCAACGUUUGGUACGUCAAAGCAGCCGAAUCAGGUGAUGAGCGCGCAAAACACCGACUUGCCAAAAUCCGAGCAGCAGCAUCGGGAGGCACACCUAUGGAAGUUGUGCCGCCGAGAAAUGCCACCAAGAUCAAGAAAGAUGUUCCAACAGCCGAGAAGCCGGGGAAGGAUGACAAGGAGUGUGUGGUGAUGUGA